UCGGGGCAGCAGCUCGUGUCUCCAGCCGCAGCCCGGUCUCUCUCUCCCCAUUCAGUCCGGUCCAGGCUCACCGGCAGGACACUUAUCGGGUCUCACGGGGUCUACGAUGGACCGGGACUGUUCCUCGGCUCCUUUCCAACCACACGCGGACGAACACUGAGUGGAAACGUCGCUGCUUCUUCUUCCGCUGCACAAAGUUUUGGAUUUCAUCCCCAAUUUGAAUUUUUUUUUUCUCCAUUUUUUGGGGGUUUUGUGGAAGACGUUCUUCUAAGGGAAUAUAACGUGAACGCGCUUUUUUAAAUACCUUUUUAUAACUUUUUGUUUCAUGGAUACAGUUCAUACUGGUUGGAGUAUUUUACACACCAUUUUAUUGUACACACCAUUUGUACACCAUAUAUAUAUAUAUAUAAUAAAGCGUAGAAUGCUUUAUUGUGGUAGUUUAGUGGCGUGAAUACAGAACAAUUAUGAUUUCGGAGGAGAGAAGCGGCCACGUAAAUAAACAAGCCCUGAACUUUCCGGUGGCUUUAAUCAUCCGCUCUCCGAAGAAGCGACUGGUCAAACUGGGAAGGAAACCCAGCGAUGGAUCUGUCCAGUCCAAUAACUCGGACAUCACCGUCCGCUCCACAGAGAGCGCCGGCGUCCGGCAGCCGGCCAAGAGCAAAAUCCGCCGCCACAACAACCGGCUCUCAGCCGUUUUCAACCACAGCCCCGGCAGCGGGCGCCGCAGCCAGACGCUGGGCAGCGGGACCCCCGUCGGUGACCUCCAGGCCGCGGACGACCCGGCGGAGCUGUCCAGUCAAAUGUCGGUCCCCGGCAUCCUGAAGAUCUUCGGCAGCGACAUCUGUCAGGGGACCCACUAUAAGAGCGUGCUGGCCACCACUCAGUCCAGUGCAAAGGAACUGGUGAAGGAGGCCUUGGAGAGGUACUGCCUGGAAAAAGAAGACGCCAACGACUAUGUGCUGUGCGAUGUGAUUGGCCAGACGGGUGAGGACAACCAGUGGAAGAGGGAGUGCUUCCGGGUGGUGGGAGACAACGAGAAGCCCCUCAUGUUGCAGUCGCUAUGGAAACCCAAGGAAGGCUUCUCCAGGCGCUUCGAAAUCCAGCUGAGAGCGAGCGUCGAGGAGCAGAGUCUAAAGGACCGGGACACCGUCACAGCAGGCAUCAACGCUCAGGCCCGUAAGCUGCAGAAGAGCCGCUCCAGAGUGGCCUCGCUGUUCGUGGACGGCAGCGGCGAGGACGCGGACGGACUCGGCAUCUGGAGGAGUCUGAGCGAGAUGGACCUGCCCGCGAUGGGGAAGGAGGCCAGCCGGGCCCGGCAGAGCGCCGGCCUCACAGAGGAUCCGGAGGCCGAGGCCGACAAGGAGGUGCUGCGUCUCGGCAUGGAGAAGGAGGAGACGGAGAGCAGCGACGACAACACCACCCAGUACUCCAUCCACCCGCCCUUCGACUUCCCGUACUUCCUGCUGCUGCAGGGCUACAGCCACAGACAGGAUUUUGUCAUCUACCUGAUGAGUGGAACCACCACUGUCUUCGGCUGCUGCAGGGAGCACUGCAACGGAGAAGAUGAGGAGAGGUUAAAGGUCGACAUCCUUCUCUUUGCCCCCGACGUGUUGCCUCAGCACUGCUGCGUCAGACGCCUGGACUCCAACCCCUCGACCUCCGCGGGCGAGCUCAGGAAGACAUUGACGAUGCUGAAGCCCCUCCACGGGGCCCCGGUGACCCGAAACGGUUCCCUCCUCAAAGAGGAGGUGGAACUGAACACGGGGGACUUGGUCGGCUUGGGGAAACACUACCUGUUCAUGUUUAAGGAUCCGACCGGCGCAUCCGGGUCCCCGCAGACCCCUCCGUGGAUGAGCGCGCUCUGCCCCAACUCGGACGCGAAGACGUCCUCCUCGUGUUCAUCGUGCGGCUCCUCCAUCGGCGACAAAAAAAGGCUCCGCGGGAGGCCGCCGCCUCGUUGGAAGGACCCCGAAGGCGCGGAGGCUCUGGUGAGCUACGAGCCGGAGCAGGAGGAGCGGGUCCUGCGGGAGGUUUUGGAUACGUUGGACCCCGGUGGGAACGAACCCAAGCUGACGCCCGCCUUCCUGCUGAUCCUCUGCAUCCAGCGCUCGGCCUCCGCGUUCGAGCUGACGCACUUCAGGCAGCUGCUGCUCCGGAUCGCCGCGCAGAUCCAGCUCGUCAUGUGGGAGAAGACAAAGGAACUCGCAGCGAUCCAGACAGAAGCGAGCUCCAGUGACAGGCCGCCCGAGUGUCUUCAGCUGCUCAGCAUGGAGGAGCUGAUCCCAGGUCUGCGGCCUCUGGUCCUGUGGAUGGCCAACUCCAUUGAACUGCUGCACUUCAUCCAGCACGAAGUCCCUCAGCUGCUGCCCUGGAGGCAGGACCAGGAGGACACAGGCCCGUUGGACUCUGAGAUGUCCUCCACUCGUACGGCCUGCGAGGAAGCCAUGACGGUCCUGGAAGAAGUCAUCAUGUUCACCUUCCAGCAGUCCGUCUACUACCUAACGAAGAGUAUGUACUCGGCCUUGUCCGGUCUGCUGGACUGGAACCCGUUCUCGGAGAGCGGUCAGCUGCGAGCGCCCGACGGACUCGGCGGCAUCCUGGAGGUUCUGAAGGAGACGCUGACGCUCCUCACGGCCUUCCAGGUGCACCCGGACAUCUCGUUACAGCUCUGCGCCUACCUGCUCUUCUUCAUCAACGCGUCGCUCUUCAACGCCCUCAUGGAGAGAGGGUCCGUCGCUGGGUUCUACCAGUGGUCCCGAGGAGUUCAGAUCCGGGCCAACCUGGACCUGCUGUUGGACUGGAUCCAGAGCAUCGGUCUUGGCGACCUGGCCAACGAAUACCUCCAGAAGCUCUCCGUCGCCGUCAACCUGCUGGCCACACCCAGAGAAACGCUCCUGCAGGCGUCCUGGGCUUCCCUCAGGGCCGAGUACGCCGCCCUGAACGCCGCUCAGCUCCACCACAUGCUGAGGGAGUACAGCUCUGGUAAACCCUGUCCCGCCGGGUGGACCCCGGCCCGGGUCGACGCCGAGGACGCGGUCCGGACGGCCGACGUCCUGGAGAGCUUCGACAGCCACCCGCCGCUCAUCCUGCCCGAGAGCAGCUUCCACCUGGAGCUGGCGAAACCCGUGGCGGAGCCCGCUCUGUUCCGACAGCUCGCCCGCCUGCAGGAGUUCAUACGCCGACUGCCCCGCGGUGAAACCCGAGCCGAGCCCGGCGCGGAGGAACAGACCCUCGACGGGACGACCGCAGACGGCCAGUCUGCGACCAGAGCCCUCCAGGACCCCGCCCAUCGGGUGGGCCCCGACCCGGACCAGACCUACCCCGCAGAGCCGCCUCAGGCCAGAGGAUCUCAUGGCGUCCUGAGCAGCUACGAAGCGGUCCUGACCCAGAAGCUGAGGAACCUGGAGCUGCACAACACCCUCCCGGGACACGGCGACAUGGGCUACCACAAGAGCCUUGCGCUGGACCCGUCCUGCCUGCUGACGCCCCCCAACACCCCGCAGGGCAUGGAGCUGGCUGAGCUGGAGGCCGAUCUGCGGGAGGGCGCCCGGCAGCAAAAGAAAGCCAGUGGAUGUGCUGACGAAGGCAGAGAGGAAGUGUUCACGGUGGAGCUUCACAGAGGACCUCGCGGGCUCGGCCUGGCGCUCGUGGACGGGACGAAAACUCAGCUGAGAAUGAGCGGCAUCUACGUGAAGUCGGUGGUUCCCGACUCUCCUGCCGCUCAGUGUCAGAAGCUGAGGACGGGCGAUCGCAUCCUGGCUGUGAACGGCGUCAGCGUGGUCGGAACGGAGUACAACUUUGGCAGGGAACUGAUCCGAUCGUCAGGAGACUCUCUCCGACUGCUGGUGGCCAAAAUGGACCCGAAGGGCUCGUCUACGACUGAAUGCUGAAGGAGGCGUUUGUGCAAACUGGGAAUACUUGGGAGGACGUUUGGUUUUUUUCGUCCUUCCUGCUGCAGCUUCCCCCAAAAAGUCAGUGUGUGAACACACUUCCUGCUCUCUCUCUCUUCAGACUCGUGGUGAAAUAGAGCCGCGUUGAGACAAUCAACCCAAAAGCAGCAGCUCAUUUUUUUUUUUGCUGCCACGGCCGUCUUUCUGGCCAAUAAAACAAACUCAUAAACCCGAGAGGGUUUGGCAGCGAGGAGGAGAGAAGCUGCCCGGGGAAAUUUGUAGUUGUAAAAAAAAAAAAAAAAAGAAGAUCUAUUUGAAUGUCUGAGUUCGUAUUCGGUCCGACGAGCUUCAUCGAGCCGGCGACAACAACUGGAAUUGUUUGUUUUUACAUUACGGUAUGUUUUAUGAACUCGUUUGAGUAAAAGAUCCGUCACUGGGCAUCAUAUUUGGGACAAAUAUAUUUGUUAAUAUUCUGUCUUUUCUAGAAAAAAAUCCCCCAAAACAAGGAAGACCAACAUUGGGGGAUCAAGCAGAAUUAUCUCAAUUUACUGGGAUUUUUUGGGUUGUUGUUAUAUGGAGAAAAAAAAAAAAGAGACAAUAUAAUUUUUCUUUCUUUGCUUUUUAGCAGUCAUUUUCAACAUACAAAAUAAAAUCUCCACUUUUGUAUCACAGGAAAGGCUGUUCUUUAAAAGUAUUGAUCUGUUACGACAGCAGGUCGUGUGAUGGGUAACUGCAACUGCAAUUAACUGCAAUUCUUUUGUAAUUUUUGAUGCAUUUAAACAAACUUGAGGAUGAUUUAUAUCAGCUGUAAUCUAUAUUUUUGUAUCAUAACAGUAGAUCAAAGUCAUAGUGAUGAACAUACAGAGAAUUACCUCCUCAACCUCAACUUUAUUUAUUUUUAUAGUGCUUUCCAUACAAACAUGCAUACACACAAAAAAAAGAAACCAGUCAAGAACAUUUUGCUGGAGAAAAACUUGUACAAUGAAAUAUUAAUCACUAGGGCUCAAAAUGAAGGUAAAAGCAAUUAAAAACCUUAGUAGAAGCGUUGUUAAUCAGCUGAGUCUGCGGCUUUACAGAGUUUUAUUGUGAGUUUCAGAUCCUCGUUUUUAUUUGCAGCCCACAACUUUAUUGUUCUGUUCACCCUCAAUUCCCUCAUGGCAUCGUUUCCAGAGAAAAAGCCACUCGACACAACACUGCACAUCAGUUAGAGCCGAGCUGGUGGAGGAGACCAAAGACGGAGCUAAAAGAGAGAAAACUGGACUUUAAAUUCAUCAGGUGACACAAACGCAAGACAAUAAUUCUGCUGUUUUCUGAGUUUCAAAAAAAGUUUUUUUUAAGUUUUGGAGAUGAAUAUUAUUCUACAUUUUAAAAUGCACAGAAAGAAAAUUAAAAAACUCUGCCUUC